AUGGAUCCUGCUAAAAACCUGAACGGUAUCUUGAAAGUGAUUCCCUCGUUUGGUUUCAAAAAGACUGAUAUGUCUCAGUUAUCAUCCAAAGAUAAACGAUACGUCCAACAGGUUGAAAAGGCCCUUGCGUCGUUUGAUUCACUUGAAGAAUGGGCAGACUACAUUGCAUUCUUAUCUAGAUUACAGAAAUCAUUACAAUUGAGCGACGACAAUAACGCGGCUCAUACAUUACCAGGGAUUGUUUAUUCCCAUCAAGUAGCGAACAAAUUAUCGCUUUGUUUGUCUUCAAGAUUACCAAAUGGUGUGCACCAAAAGGCAUUGAGUUUAUACGAGGACAUCUUCCGUGCUCUCACUUCAAAAGCAUUAAAUGAUGAACUAUCAAUAUGGAUACCAGGCUUGCUACCUGUAUUAUCGUUUUGCUCGCUCCAGAUUAAACCACAAUUAUUGAAAUUAUAUAAAGAAUACUUAUUGGCCAACAUUUCACCAAGCAACUUACGAAUUGUAUCUAAACCGUUGAUUUUAAGUUUACUACCUGGACUUGAUGACGAGAAUUCGGAGUUAUUUUCAGAUGUCUUGGACUUGAUGGAUUUGUUGAAGAAAAAACUCAACAACGAUGCUCAUUUCUGGCAAAGCAUGUUUUUAUCAAUUAUUAGUAAUCCGGAAAAGAGACUUGGAGCUCUUUGCUGGUGCAAUAAAAGGUUACCUGUUUUUCAAUCAAUUGUAUCUGAAGACAAGACAACAAGGUUUUCCGACGAAGCCCAGGCUUGCCUUACUCCAGAUUCUGGUCUUCUUAUCAGAGCGUUUGCGGCAUCCAUCAACUCAACAACGAACUUCAAUCCUGCAAGUGAUAUAAUAGUUAUUCGUGGAUUCUUUGAUUUACUUUUAACACAUUUACCUCUUAACAGCAAAGUUUUGCAUAAAAUAAUUUUUAAUAAGGAUAAGGAAAUGCUAAUGAUGGCAUGUUGUAGAGUAACGUUAAGAAAGGAUAUGAGUUUGAACAGAAGGUUAUGGAAUUGGCUCUUGGGCCCUGAAAAUGAACACCAUAAUAUUGAUACACCCAAUGAAUUAUCGCGUGCUAAAUACUUUCAAGAAUAUGGCUUGCAGUCAUUAACAUCUGGUCUACUUAAGAUUAUUGAAGGUUCGAAAUACGACAGCGAUCAAAAAGUCGAUGCUUUAAGAAUUUCAUUAUCUUUGAUAAUGGAUAAAUGGGAAAUAUGCCACACAAUUACUGAUAAGCUAUUCUUGCCGAUCAUGGAAACAUGCUUUCAAGAAUAUAACCUUCAACAAAAUAAAAAUGAAUCACAUAUAUUGAGUUCUUCCCAGACAUUUUUCGAUGGUGUAGAGGCUUCGUAUAUUUGGAAGAACCUUAUAUCUAUGAUCCUAGACGGACAUAAUGAUAAACUCGAUCUUAUUUAUUUUGUUUUGAACAACUUUGACUUUAAUGAGGAAGAAAUGGUGACAAUCCAUGUACCGAUCGCAAUUUUAGUUUUACUAAGAAGUGGAAUUUAUAGUUUGAAAUGGCUUGAUAUCCUUGAACAUCUUGUUAAUUUAGUCCCACAACGAGCCUUUUCGUCAAUUGUUGAAGACUUUGACGUAAAGAAUUAUACAAAAGAUGAAAUUAUAACAUCAGUAACAGACUAUUAUAAUUCAUUAGUCAAUGAUGAAUCUACCGAGUUUCCUAUUUCCUCUUAUGCAUUGCCUUCUUUGAUACUAGAUUCACUUGAAGAAUUAUACAUAGAAAACUUAGACAAUCCAGAAUGUUCGUUACGAUUGUGUUCCUUAUUUUGUGAAAUUUUAUAUACAAUUCCUAAUGAUAAUAAAGACGUUGCUUGGUCAAACAGACCCCUUGUGGUAAAAAUGCUAGAGCAACCAGUAACGAACGAAGCAACAAGUCAAGCAGACAAGCAGAAAAAUUUGCUUAUUGCAUUUAGUUUAACCAAAAUACUUAAUCAUAUUUCCAAUGGUUUAUCGGCCUUAGAGAAAGCUAAAUUGCUCAAAAUAAUCUUAUCCAAUUUGUGGACGUCGUUAGUAUCGCCAUAUCCUGCAAAUUACCAAGUGGAGACUGUAAAAUGUAUUUUUGAUCUUGAAAUAAGUUGUCCAAAUUAUCACAUAACCGCUGGUAUUUUAAGACUUCUUUUGCAAUCUCCCAUUAAUGAACGAGUACGAGCAUUUUCCACGUUAUGGGUUCAUUCCAAUUCAUUUAAUGAUUCAAACGCUGUAUUGGCAAGACCAUUGCAGUUAUUAUUGGAUGACAUUCAAGAGGAGGAUAAUCAAAAUUCAAUGGCAGUUAUUGAUUUUAUUGCAUAUGUAUUUAAAAGUGGUUCAGGCAAUAGGCUAUUAAAAUUACUCACCAGUCCACUAUUAGAUUUUGAAUUUAUGAACGUUGAUAGAAAAGAAUUGGAUUUUGAUGAUGAUUUAGGUCAGUUUUCAUAUCAUUUGAAUACAAUUUUAAAUUUAAUUAGAACUAAUGGAAAGCCAGUAAAAGAUGCCUUCAAUACCGAAUUGGCUGUGAUGGAUAAUAGUGCCAAACUAAAAAUUAUCAAGUCAAAUAAUUGGGAUAUAUCAACUUAUAAAUCAUUAAUGUUCUAUGUUAUUGAGAAGUUUUUUAGUUUAAAGCUUAAUAAGGAUAUUAGGAAUGAUCCAGCUACAGUGAGUAAUUAUUACAAGAACAUAAACACUAGUCUUCAAUUACUUUCUAAUUUAGUUACUGGAAAUGAACCAGACUUUGCAAACAAAUUUCAUAUGCUUAUAGACACAUGCUCCUAUUAUACAAACCUUUCUGAUAAGAAGCUAUAUGAAAGCGAAUUGAUAGAGAAUAAAUUUUUGAAGUGCAUUCUACAUUUCUUAAAGAUAGCCCAGGAUUUAAAAGUAAACUUGAACUUGCUUCAUAUAGAAGAUGAAGGCAAAGAUCCGUUACUUGUUAGGUUUAUUAUUAAGGGUAUAGAAAAAUCUCAGACUUCCCUUUUAUUAGAAAGUUGGAUGUCUCUUUUAACGAGAUCAUUAUAUUUGUUUAAUGAGUCUGUAUUUAGUGUCAUCCUUACAUUGAAUGAUGCUAUUAUUAAGAAGAUUGAUUUAUACUUCAAGACUAUCACCAACUAUGACCACUUUGAUCAAUUAUCAGAUAUUGAAGCUUCAAUAAGCGUUCUAAUUUCAGGUCUAGAGGAUUUGCUUUCGAUUAGUCACAGUUAUUUGUUGACCUCUAAUAUGAGAGCAAAUAGCGACAAAAUCAAUAAUAAUAGUGAUUCAGGAUUUUUUGGAAAUGUGAUACAAGGAGUAUUUCAAUUGGAAUCCCCUGCGUUCCGUACCACGGAACAAAAUAAACUUUACUCCAUUUUAUUAUCAUUUCAAGAUGCCUCAAAACUAUCCUUCCUGAUUUGGGUUUGGGCAGAUAGAAGACCCCAGAUAAAUACAGGUACAGUUGCUGAUAAAUCGUUAACAUAUUUAGCGCAUAAGCUAAAAUUUAAGACCAGAAAAUUCUUAGAAACUUUGGUGGAAUUAGAAAGACAAGAAGUUAUCGAAACAUUGAUUAAAUAUGAGAACGGAUCAUCUUCAACCAUAAAAUUAUUACAUGUUCUAGAUGGUGGUAGACCACAGGUUACCUUACCGCAUAUCUGGAACUCGAUCAUAUCGAGAUGCCACGCAUCGGUUUUGGAAGAAUCUCAAGUAUCUUCCUUAACGACUAAUAUUUCGGCCAAAGAGUUAUCUAAGUUUUUGGUAGAGUAUGUUGAAACUAUAGAUAAUGAUUCUAUUUCUGAUAUCUGGAAUCCAACUGUUCAAUUUUUCCGGGAAGUAUUGUCUUAUUCGGCACAGUUUAGUGAAGUUUUAUCGGAUUUUUUAAAGGUCAUUAAAACCUUGUCAAUCAAACUCAAUUCAUCAAAAUUCGGAGAACAGAGAAAAAACAAAAAAGAAUUGGCUGACUUAUUCCUCAAAUUAUUAACUGCAUCCGUGAGUUCAAAGCAUAAGGGAUUCUCAAUAAUAGAACCAAGUCAGAAUGAAGAAGAAGAAAAGAUCAAUGAAGAUUCAACUGGGACCGAAGCCCCGCAUGCAUCGCAAGAUGAGUUGUUUGAUGCACUUUCUGCAAUUCUCGAAUAUUUAGACGACAUUAUGCAAGAUUCCGAUAAGGCGUCUUCUUGUAUUAAUACAAUUAUUGCAAAUUUGGUAUCACCACAAAUCAAGCCCAAACACAUUCAUGAAAUUCCGGUGAAGACGUUGGCGUUGAUGGAAUUAAUUGGUAAGUAUCACCCAAAUAAGUCUUGGAAGUCUUUAAUUUCUGAUUCCUUUACGGAUAAUAGUUUCUUCAACGUGAGUGAAAAUAGAUUAAAUCAAUGGAAGCCGAUAAUCAGUAAUUGGAUUUCAUCAGAGAGAGACAAAAUUAGUGAUCUAAUUGUGAAGAUUACACCAUCAGUACUGUCUACCCCUAGUAAUAUUUUUGUUUGGAAUGAAAAUUCAGAGGUUGAAAGUAAACGAUAUGUCAUAAGGAGAAUUACUUUUUUGAUAAUAUGCCAGCCAAAUGAUUACUUCUUACCUAAUUUGGAUGACUUAUUUGGUAGGAUUACCUAUUCUUUGGAUACAUUAUGUCCUAUUUCGUACAGAACUGAGAUAACGAAAUUAAUUAGAGUGCUAGUUCUCAAAUUUAGUGAGUUACAUUUACUCCCACAUUGGAUCACCAUAAAUCACGAAUUGAUAAGUACCUUCGAAUUCCUCCGAGAAAAACCUGUUAAAGAAUUAACGACUUUGACGUACGAAGAGGUAAACUUUAUUUUAAGUGGAUGCAAGUUGUUGGACCAGCUAUUGUUAUUAAAAUAUGAUGAGUUCAAUUUAAACGAAUGGCUUUUUGUUUCAACAAACGUAGAUGUUGCUGAUAGUGGACCUAAAACUUCUAUAUUAGCGAUUAUCGAUAAGACCGCAGCUGAGAAUGAAGUGCCAUUUUCGAAAGAACCUACAAUUAAGAUUGAACAACCUAACGAGGAAAUGAUACCCUUACUUUAUGGUGUGAAGAGUAUCAAAUCGAUUUCCAGUUUGAGAUCGUUUUUUGAUUCAUUAAGUCUUAUAAAUUAUGAAAGGACUUAUAAUUUAUACGAAGUUAACAUUCAGGUUUGCAUAAAAGAUGCCACCAAUGAUCUACUUGCUUAG